CCGGCGGUGAUGGCGCGGGAGGGUGCCCAGGAGGAUCCAGCUGUGUCCCCAGAUGUUGAGGGCUCCCAAAAACGCCUUACCUGCCCCCAAAAUGCCCCAAAUGUGAUUGGGGAGGGGCCAGAUCCAAAUGCUGGGGACCUGAAAACGCCCAAAGUGGCCCAAAACACCUCAGAGGCUCCAGGUAUGGCAGCAGAAACCACAAAUCCAGAUGUGCUGUGGGCCAAAAACGGGCACCGGACACUGCAGGUGGACAGCGACACAGAUGUGGAGGAGGAGGAGGGGCCAAAUCCAGAUGCUGAGCCCCAGAAACAGCUUAAAAUGACCCAAAACGUGCCCGAAACCCCAGAUGUGGGGCUGAAAACCCCAAAUCCAGAUGUUCUAUGGCUUAAAAAUGGGCACGGCACUCUGCAGCUGGAGAGCGACACAGAUGUGGAGGAGGAGCCUGACCCAGAAGUGGAGCCCCCAAAACGACUGAAAAUUACCCCAAAUGUGCCCGAAACUCCAGAUGUUGCAGGAAAGACCCCAAAUCCAGAUGUUUCAGGCCCGAACAUCUGUUGUGGAGUGCAGGUGGUGGACAGUGACACGGAUGCGGAAGAGGAUCCGGAUGUGCAGCCCCCGAAAAGGCUCAAAGUGGUCGAAAACAUGCCUGGAAUUCCAGAUGUGGAGGUGGAAACCCCAAGUCCAGCUGUGGGCGCGCCCAAAACUGGACACUGGACAAUGCUGAUGGACAGCGACACAGAUGUGGAGGGGGAGGAGGAGAAUCCAGAUGUGCAACCCCCGAAGCAACUCAGGAUGACCCAAAAUGUGCCCGAUAUUCCAGAUGUGGCAGCAACGGCCCCAAAUCCAGAUGUUUCACGCACCAAACUCCAUUCCUGGAUGCUGCUGGUGGACAGCGAUACAGAUGUGGAAGACGACGUGAGUCCAGAUGUGCAGCCCCCAAAAAGGCUCAAAUUGACCCAAAACGUGCCCAGAAUUCCGGAUGUGGAGGUGGCGACCCCAAAUCCAGCUGUGGAAAGGCCCAAAAUGGGGCAUCAGACGCUGGUGGAGGACAGUGACACAGAUGUGGAGGAGGAUCCAGAUGUGCAGCCCCCAAAAAGGCUCAGAAGGGCCCAAAAUGUGCCCAAAGCUCCAGAUGUGCGACGGGGGACAAGAAAUCCAGAUGUUUCCGGCCCCGCAGUCAGGUGUCAGAUGCUGUUGGUCGACAGCGACACAGAUGUGGAGGAGGAUCCAGAUGUGCAGCCCCUGAAACGUCUCAGAGCGACCCAAAACGUCCCUGAAACUCCAGAUGUGGCUGCAAAGCCCCCGAAUCCAGAUGUUGCAGGGCCUGAAAUCAGGUGCCCGGCGUUCCUGGUGGACAGUGACACAGAUGUGGAGGAGGGGGAGGUGAAUCCAGAUGUUGAGACCCUAAAAAAGCUUGCAAUGACCCCGAAUGUGCCUGAGAGUCCAGAUGUGGUGGCGCAGACCCCAGAUGCAGAUGUUGGGAUGGCCAGAAGUGGGUGUCAGGCACUGCUGGCGGACAGUGAUCCAGAUGUUUCUCCUGCAAAAAGAUGGGAAAUUCCUCAAAAUGUGCCCCAAACUCCAGAUGUGCCCACGCAGCCCCCAAAUCCAGGUGUGAAGGGGUCACAGAGGGGUCACGGGGCGCUGCUGGACGACAGUGACACAGAUGUGGAGGAGGAGGAAAAUCCAGAUGUUGGAGCCCUAAAAAGACCUAAACCAAACCCAAACGUGCCUGAAACUCCAGAUGUGAGGCUGAAAACACCAAAUCCAGAUGUUUCAGGCACAAAAAUGGGGUGUGGAAUGCUGCUGGUGGACAGUGAGACAGAUGUGGAGGAGGAUGAGGCUGAUCCAGAUGUUCGGCCCUUAAAAAGACAGAAAAUGACCCAAAAUGUGACCAAAACUCCACAUGUGUCCACACUGACCCCAAAUCCAGCUGUUGGAGGCUCUGAAUCCAGAUGUGGAGCCUUGGUGGUGGAGAGCGACCCGGAUGUGGAGGAGGAUGAGGCUGAUCCAGAUGUUCGGCCCUCAAAAAGACAGAAAACGACCCAAAAUGUGCCCAAAACUCCAGAUGUUGGGAGGCUCCAAAGGACCCCAAAUGUGGCCGAAACGCCAGAUGUGGAGGGAGAGGAGGAAGGGUGGGAUCCAGAUGUGGCCACCCAGCUGUUCCUGCCCCCAAAUCCAGAUGUGAGGGAGGACGAGACAGAUCCAGAUGUUGGGAGCCCAGAACGACUCAAAAUGAGCCAGAAACCACCAGAAAUUCCAGAUGUGGAGGAGGACGAGGAGUCAGAUCCAAACCUGCCCACCCAGCUGUUCCUGCCCUCUCCAGAUGUUGGGAGCCCAGAAAGCUCCAAGGCAGCCCUGAAGCACCCCAGAAUUCCAGAUGUGGAGGAGAAAGAGGAGUCAGAUCCAGAUGUGGCCACCCAGCUGUUCCUGCCCUCUCCAGAUGUGGAGAGCCCAAAACUACUCAACAUGACCCAGAAAAUUCCCAAAAUCCCAGAUGUGGAAGAGGAAACCCCAAAUCCAGAUGAGGAGGAAGAACAGGAGUCAAAUGCAGAUGUGGCCACCCAGCUGUUCCUGCCUUCCCCAGAUGUUGGGAGCCCAGAAGGCCCCAAAACUACCCCAAAGGGCCCCAAAAUUCCAGAUGUGGAGGGGCUGCCCUCCCUGGAUCCAGAUGUGGCCACACAGCUGUUCCUGCCACCACACCCAGAUGUGGAGGGCCCAAAUCCAGAUGUUCUGGGUCCAAAACAAACCGAAAUGGCUUCAAAUGACCCCAAAAUUCCCGUUGUGAGGGCGGAGACCCCAGAUCCAGAUGUGGAGGGGGAGGAGGACUUGGAUGUGGCCACCCAGCUGUUCCUGCCCCCUGAUCCAGAUGUGGAGGGGGAAGGACCCUCAGAUCCAGGUGUUGGGUCCCCAAAAGCACCCAAAAGUCCCCUAAACCCGCCCGAAAUUCCAGAUGUGGACAUGGAGAGCCCAAGUCCAGAUGUGGAGGGGCCACCAAGGGGCCACAGGACGUUGCUGGGGGGCGCUGAUCCAGAUGUGGAGGAGGCGGGCCCAAAUCCAGAUGUGGCAGCCACAACAAGACCCCAAACGGCCCCGAAAGUCCCCGAAAUUCCAGAUGCGGAGGUGGACACCCCAAAUCCAGAUGUGGAGGGGCCUGGGAGCCCCGGCCGGGAUCCAGAUGUGGCCACCCAGCUGUUCCUGCCCCCCGCCCCAGAUGUGGAACGCCCGGAAAGCCCCGAAAGGGCCCCGGACGAGCCCCAGGUUCCAGAUGUGGAGGAGGUGGCCCCAGAUCCAGAUGUUGAGGGUCCCCCAAGCCCUGCCCAGGAGGAAGCAGAAGCUCCACCCAUCCCACAGGUGCGGCGCAGUCGGCGAUUGGCUGAGAGUGGAGGGGGCGGAGCCUCUUGUGACCCCACCCCCGCUCAGAAUGGACAUGAUGAAGCCUCCAAGCCACGCCCCUCUGCCAAGCCACGCCCCCAGAGGGGGCAGGGCCAAUCAGUGGCAGUGCUUGAAGAGGCCACACCCUCUGUGUCCAUAAAAGGAAAUGGGCGUGGCUCAAAUGCAGCUCCGCCCCCAGAGGAGGAGGAGCCAGCAGAGGGCGCCAAGCGCAGGCUCCGCCCCCGGGCAGCGCCGGGCUCCGCCCAGAUCCGGGUGCUGUUCACGGGCCUGGUGGCCUCCCCGGCGCUGCAGGUGGCCCUGGGGACGCUGGGUGGCACCGAGGCCACCUCCGUGCACGACUGCAGCCACCUGGUGACCGAUGGCAUCCGCCGGACGCUGAAGUUCCUGUGCGCCCUGGGCAGGGGCGUCCCCAUUGUCACCCCCCAGUGGCUGCUGGAGAGUUCCCACAGUGGCCGCCCGCUGUCCCCAGGUCCCUUCCUGCCCCGGGACCUCCCCUGCGAGCGGCGCUUCGGCUUCCGCCUGCGCCCGGCGCUGGCCCGGGCCCGGGAGCGGCCCCUGCUGCAGGGCUACCAGGUGCACGUCACCCCCAGUGUCCAGCCGUGCCCCGAGGACAUGCGGGACAUUGUCACCUGCUGUGGUGGCACCUUCCUGCCACAGCUGCCCCGGGAGCACGCGCCCCGUGUCCUGGUGAUCUCGUGUCCCCAGGACCGCUGGCUCUGGCCCCCGGCCGUGGCCGCGCGGCUCCCGCUGCUCUCGGCCGAGCUGCUGCUCUCGGGGGUCCUGCGGCAGCGCCUGGAGCUGGCCCCGUUCCUGCGGAGCCCCUGGCAGCCCCCCGAAAGCACCCCCGAGCCCGAGGCCCCCGUUUCUCACUGUGUUUUGGGGUUCCCCAUCCCCAUGUCCUGGUGA